AUGGCGCAUACGCCCCGUGGAUUGGGUUUAACCGCCGCAGCUCGCGUGGAUCGGUCGCACUCCUCUUCACUUGCGUCCGACGCACGAGAUGAGGCGGUUGCUGCGGAGGAGGAGGAGGGGCUGUGGCACUGCAAUGAGCAUCGCCCCGAGGAAGCAGGCCUAACCGCACGUGUCUCUCGUUGUAGCAUGCAUGCGGUGGUCAAGGGUUUGGCCCAAUCCUUCUGGGAGGGCCGUGAGACGUGCGUGGAGGUGUCGCGUGCAGAGCCUUUGCAUCCGCAACGCGCCUCGUUGGAGUCUUCCGUUCAGCUCUCUGAGGAAAGGCCUUCGUGCGGCUCCUCCCCCUGUUUUUUUUCGCCCAAUGCGGAGCAAAAGGAGACGGUGCCUUCUAUAAAAAAUUGUGUUUUGCUGGGUUGCUCGCUGCCGGCCCUCGCGCCCACAGAGCUUCCCCAAGGCGCCAGCGGCAACGGUUUCCACGAGGUGGGGUCCUCGUCCCCCCCUGCUCCCAAUGAACCAUCCCCUACGGAAACAGCGGGUGAUGGUGCCGCCAUCACUGGCUUGUUUGCUUGCUUUUGUGAGGCGGUAAUGGAGCGGACACCAGGCUGGAAACUCUUUGUUUCCUUUGUGGAGCGUGAGGGGGGUCGUUGGCUAGACUUGAGCUAUCAGAUGCCAGGGCCCACAAGUUUACCCCUGCACUUGCGUCGUUACGCAGUGCGGGAGAUUACCGCCUUACCACGUGCCUCCUUUCACUGCAUAACUUCUGUGCGAGAGGUGAUAGAUUUUUCUCUGAAGGUCAUGCGAAAUCGCCCACCAAGAAAGAGCGCCGUACAAAAAACCGGUGGCCUUCUCAUUCAAGUCCUUGGAGUGGCUGAUGAUGCUGAGUUUCAUGGGGAAGGAGAGACGCCGGUGGCGCCUCUUGGAGUGAGAUCUAUUAAGUUUACUCAGCCUGCUGCUUCCAGUGCGUUGGCGGAAGUGUGGGGCCUGCAUGUCUUUGGCUCCGUACCCUCGCGAGUCGCGGAGCGGCGUGAACUGGUUGCUGGUUCAGCCGGGGCAGGAGCGCAGGGGCGACGGCUCCUUCGGGCCAUUGGGUGUGAGGGGCCCAUUUCUGUUGUGGUCCGCCAUUUGAGCGACGCCGCCACUCUCCCCUCCUUUUGUAACCCAAAAAAAACAUUCGCGAAGGGUGUUGUGGGCCACGCCGGAGUGGGGCAGCACCCAUUGCGGCCUUCUCUGCAUCAGGAGUGGCGGGGGCGCCAAAGGAUGGGUGACGCGGAGAAUUGCGAGACGCCGUCCAAGGAAGUAAAGUUAAACGUGGAGGCAGUACCAGGCGCAAGUGCGAAGAAGACUUCGGCGCCGUCCGAGGCAGCAAUAGUUUGUAGUUCUUGCGAUAAUUUUUCCAUGGCAGCAUUGGCGCGUCAUACACUGAGGUGUUUGCAGUUACAGCGUAAUAUGAACGAUUGCCCAGCGUCGUCCCCCCGGGCUGCAAUGAGCCCGUCGUGUUCCAAGCCGGACUUCUUCGCCCCUGUGUGUAAAAAUAGUCCUUUGGCGCCUAUUAGGACCAAGCACGACUGCGAUGCACGGACAGCUGUGCCUGCUAAAGCGCCAUCGCGUGAUGAUGGCAUGGAAAGUCUCAUUAAAGCGCUUGAGCGCCGCUGGAAGUCUGGCGUACAUCGUUGCCCAAACCGGCGCAAGCCGUUGCUCCCGAUAUUUUAUGGCCUCAAAAAGCCUUAUUGGCAACGCGAGAGUCUCAUGUCUUUAGAGCUUGAGGAGAGGAGUCUGAUUGAGUUAGAGGAGAAGAGGCGGCGACGAUUAUCCGAGGCAAAAAUUGGACAGAUCUUGUGUGAUCCUCACCACGGCGCUCGUUCACCCCCCAUAACCUCUGUGGUGCGGAGGGCCAAGACGAGGGAGAAGUCGUUUUUAUUCCUCUCCCCUUUUCCCUAG